CCGCUUCCCCGCGGCCGGGAGGGGCCGUGCCCGCCCCUACCUCAGGCCUUACGGGAAGUGAUGUUGCCUUGACGGAAAGCGCACGCUUGCAGCCCAAAACCGGGCAGGUGUGGAGGGAGGCGACGCUGGCCGGGGGAGCCCCUGUAGAUGAGAAACAGCUCUUGUUGCAUGACUAUGGUAUUAAAGAGCUCUGAACUGUGUCAGGAAACUCCUCACUAAAGUACCCCUGGAAAACUACAGAUCCAUUUCCAGCUCUUAAGCACAGUGGCUAUUUCUGAGGGCAGAAAUAGAACCCUAUUCUCUUUCCUUACCCUUCUGAAGUUGGAAGUGUUGCUGAGUGAGCGCGUGGGCAAAGUUCUGGAUAUUUCCCUCCUCCUCUGAAUACUCUCCAGCUUUUGCAUUUCAAUGAAAAGGCUUUGUAGACCUACAAGGUGUCUCCUGAAUUCUCAUUAUGUCUGAUGGAGACUAUGAUUACCUCAUAAAAUUUCUAGCUCUUGGUGAUUCAGGAGUAGGAAAGACCAGCCUUCUUUACCAAUAUACAGAUGGCAAAUUUAAUUCCAAAUUCAUCACAACUGUGGGCAUUGACUUUCGGGAGAAGAGAGUGGUGUAUAGACCCAAUGGGCCAGAUGGUGUUGGUGGCAGAGGACAGAGGAUACAUCUUCAGCUCUGGGAUACUGCAGGGCAGGAAAGGUUUCGUAGCUUGACAACAGCUUUCUUCAGAGAUGCCAUGGGGUUUCUUCUGCUCUUUGAUCUCACAAAUGAGCAAAGCUUUCUGAACGUCAGGAACUGGAUAAGUCAGCUACAAAUGCAUGCAUAUUGUGAAAACCCUGACAUUGUAUUAUGUGGAAACAAGAGUGAUCUGGAAGACCAAAGAGUGGUAAAAGAAGAAGAGGCUAAGGAACUUGCAGAAAAAUAUGGGAUACCCUAUUUUGAAACCAGUGCAGCCAAUGGGAAUAAUGUCAGCAAAGCCAUUGAAACCCUGCUUGACCUCAUCAUGAAGCGCAUGGAGCGGUGUGUGGAUAAAUCCUGGAUCCCAGAGGGAGUGGUGCGUUCCAAUGGGCACAGCUCUACAGAACAACUGAAUGAGGAGCAAGAAAAAGGCAAAUGCAGCUGUUAGCUCAGUCACAAUUAAAUUUACUGUGUAUUCUGAAGUACAGUACAGUUGCAGCUUAACUGUUUAACUUUAGGGACAAAUCACCUCGUGUAGUUAUUUAAUGAGCCAUAUUAAUUCUUUGGGUUUUUUUCAUCUCAAACAAUAUUGUCCUUUGCUUGCAAGGUAUGCAGUUUAGUAGUGAUUGGACAUAGGUUUAAUUUGGAGUAUUUGGAUAUUCCUUUACCUUGGGGUGAAGGGGGCAAUUUUCACACCAAAUAUAAAACAUCUCUCUGUAUGGGCAAUGAGAAAGAGUAGACUUCAGAAUGUAAGGCUUUUCAGUUGUCCUUUGAAAGCUCCAUUAGCUACACAGACUAGGCAUUUACAUCAGAUAUUGUGACAGCUCUUAGUCUCUACUAAAAGUAAGCUUACCAACACGGUUCUUGGUUUUGAACAGAAACAUUUAAUCAAUCAAUCAAUCACCAUCUUAAGGAAAAAAUCCUGUAUUUUCUCCAAAAGCUUGCAAGAAACUUUUCCUUGCUUUCUCAAACCAUCAGUGAUGAAAAACAAAAGAAAGCAUUUCUACGUAGAAUAAAAAACUACAGAGAAGCACAGGGAUAUAUAUGUGGAGCACUUUGGGUAUUUCAUGAAACUGAACAUGUAAACUGCAACUGUACUAUAUAAAAUAUACCCAACACAGCCUUUGAGACCUCCUGACAUAAUUUGAAUUCUUAGGAGAUGCAUGUACAUGUAUUUAUCUGUAAAUGGCAUAACUGUACAUCUGUUGUUAUGUUUCUUUUAUGUUGCCACUCAUGUUUUAACAGACAUGUAAAGCAACCUAGAUGUCAGCAAAAUUUCAUCAGAGGUUGUGCUUUGCCUGAAUUUGUGUUACCAAACACAGCUUUGGAAUGUUUCUUCAAACUUGGAUGGAAAAAUGAAUUGUGAUUGUCUCCUGAUGAAACGCAGCUAAGAUACCAGUUCUGGCAAGAUCAGUAUUUCUAUAAAUUUACAUGCUUAUUUUAUUCUGCCAGCUUUUGUGUCCUGUACAUCUUAGUAAUCAUAUAUACAUUUAUGGCUUGUUCAUUUCCUUUCGGUUGGAUUUAAAAAACAGUACAGUUGCUUUUCUUUUUUUCCCUCUACAGAUCACAUAAAUGUCAGUUUUGGUUUCAGUGGAUCAUGUUAUGCUUUAAUAACUUUAAUUUAUUCAAACAACCUAAGAAAAAUGAGUAUUUUUGGGGUCUGUCUUCAAGACUGAUUUAUAAGAUGUGCCUACCAGACAAUUUUUUACCUGUCACAUGUUGUAUAACUGUGAAGUAUUGCAAAUUGAAGUCCUAACAUGCCAAAUUGUCUUUUUACAGACUUUCCACAGCAUUUUGUUUACAAAAUUCCAAAGCUAUUACUUCUUUAGCAAUUGUGUAUUUAUUUAUUUAAAUAGUCUAACUACUGUAGUUUCAGGCAAACAGUGAUACUACUUGACAUGAAUUGCAGCAUAACAAAUUUUUCUAAGGACCAAAAAUGUUUCUAAAAUAGGCACUAAUAAAAAACCCCACAAAAUAUUUGAUGUUGCCUCUGGUUAUAUUAAUAAUGCAAGAAUAAGUAUUAAAACUUGGUUCUG